AUGGGUGGUCUCAACAACGUCGCAGUUCGGGUGCCGAACACGCCGAUGAUGGUGGCGGCAGCACCGGGGUCGCUCGGGCAAGACGUCCUGCCUCUUUCCCUUGCCACCCUCACGGCGAAGCCGCUCUACGGGGUGCCGAUGCCCAUGGCGAUGCCAGUGCCGGUGCCAUACACCUUUGUGUCGGUGCCGCAGGGCAUGCCCGCGCAGCGGUACUAUAUCACUAGCUGA